GUGCGGGACGCUCUUGGCCAUCAGAGUUGCAGGGAGCUGGGCGGAGCAUGCCGGAGCCACACGCUGGGACCGGGUGGGCGUAAGGAUAGCAGAGAGCGGCGCUGGGGGCGUAGUGGUGGGCCGCUAGCUGGCGUGGAGCAGUGAGAAGGGUGCUCUACAGCCCGCCGUGGCCGGGACAGCAGGCGGCCCCAUAUCCGAACGGUGGGAGGGGUCUACUAGGCCUGGCACUCGGGCUACCCCAGCUUCGGGUGAAGCUGUGUUGGAGCCUGCUUCUUCGAAGCACCGAGGCCUCUACGACACCCGGGCCAUUUCUCUGAGGGUAUCGGAAACGUGACGCGAUGAGGAGCCGGAGUAACUCGGGGGUCCGACUGGACGGCUACGCUAGGCUGGUGCAUCAGACCAUCCUGUGCCAUCAGAAUCCCGUGACUGGCUUGCUUCCAGCCAGUUAUGAUCAGAAAGAUGCCUGGGUCCGGGAUAACGUGUACAGCGUCUUGGCUGUGUGGGGUUUGGGCCUAGCCUAUCGAAAGAAUGCAGACCGGGAUGAGGAUAAGGCAAAGGCCUAUGAACUUGAACAGAGCAUAGUGAAGCUGAUGAGGGGACUGCUGCACUGCAUGAUCAGACAGGUGGAUAAAGUAGAAUCCUUCAAAUAUAGUCAGAGUACCAAGGAUAGCCUCCAUGCCAAGUACAACACCAAAACUUGUGCCACUGUAGUGGGUGAUGACCAGUGGGGACACCUGCAGUUGGAUGCUACCUCUGUGUACCUGCUUUUCUUAGCACAAAUGACUGCCUCAGGACUUCAUAUCAUCCACAGCCUAGAUGAAGUCAAUUUCAUACAGAACCUUGUGUUUUACAUUGAAGCUGCAUAUAAAACUGCUGACUUUGGGAUAUGGGAACGUGGAGACAAGACCAACCAAGGGAUCUCAGAAUUGAAUGCCAGUUCAGUUGGAAUGGCAAAGGCAGCCCUGGAAGCAUUAGAUGAACUGGACCUUUUUGGGGUGAAAGGUGGGCCCCAAUCAGUCAUCCAUGUUCUGGCUGAUGAAGUACAACACUGCCAGUCUAUCCUUAAUUCGAUACUCCCCCGGGCUUCAACAUCCAAGGAGGUUGACGCUAGUCUACUUUCAGUUAUUUCCUUCCCAGCCUUUGCAGUAGAAGAUAACCAGUUGGUGGAACUCACCAAACAGGAAAUCAUCACCAAACUUCAGGGUCGUUACGGUUGCUGUCGUUUUCUACGAGAUGGAUAUAAAACUCCUAAAGAGGAUCCCAAUCGCCUCUACUAUGAACCAUCUGAGCUGAAGUUAUUUGAAAACAUUGAAUGUGAAUGGCCAUUGUUCUGGACGUACUUUAUUCUGGAUGGGGUAUUCAGUGGCAAUACAGAACAGGUUCAAGAAUAUAGAGAGGCUCUUGAAGCAGUCCUCAUCAAGGGCAAAAAUGGAGUCCCACUUCUGCCAGAGCUGUACAGUGUUCCUUCUGACAAGAUUGAUGAAGAAUAUCAAAAUCCUCACACGGUGGACCGAGUCCCCAUGGGCAAGUUACCUCAUAUGUGGGGUCAGUCUCUAUACAUCUUAGGAAGUUUGAUGGCAGAGGGAUUUUUAGCCCCUGGAGAAAUUGAUCCUCUGAAUCGUAGGUUUUCUACUGUACCAAAGCCAGAUGUUGUGGUUCAAGUUUCCAUUCUAGCUGAGACAGAGGAAAUCAAAGCCAUUUUGAAGGACAAGGGAAUUGAUGUGGAGACCAUUGCCGAGGUGUACCCCAUCAGAGUACAACCAGCUCGUAUUCUCAGCCACAUUUAUGCCAGCCUAGGAUGCAACAGUAGAAUGAAACUCAGUGGAAGACCCUACAGACACAUGGGAGUCCUUGGAACUUCAAAACUCUAUGAUAUUCGGAAAACUAUCUUUACCUUCACACCACAGUUUAUAGACCAGCAACAGUUCUACUUGGCUCUGGAUAAUAAGAUGAUAGUGGAAAUGCUUAGAACAGACCUCUCCUACCUCUGUAGUCGCUGGAGGAUGACAGGCCAGCCCACCAUCACCUUCCCCAUCUCACAUACCAUGCUUGAAGAAGAUGUAACCAACUUGAAUUCAAGUAUCCUGGCUGCACUCCGAAAAAUGCAGGAUGGCUAUUUUGGUGGGGCAAGGGUUCAAACAGGUAAAUUGUCAGAAUUUUUGACCACCUCUUGCUGCACACAUUUGAGCUUCAUGGACCCUGGACCUGAGGGUAAGCUCUACAGUGAUGAUUAUGAUGACAACUAUAAUGAACUGGAAUCUGGUGACUGGAUAAAUGACUAUGGUUCAACCAGUAAUGCUCGCUGUGGUGAUGAAGUUGCUCAUUAUUUAGAUCACCUUUUGGCACACACUGCUCCCCAGCCUAAACUAGCCCUGACCUCACAGAAGGGAGGGCCAGAUCGGUUCCGAGCUGCUGUGCAAACAACCUGCGACUUAAUGUCCUUGGUGACCAAGGCCAAGGAGCUGCAUGUACAGAAUGUUCACAUGUAUCUUGCUACAAAGAUAUUUCAGGCUUCCCGGCCUUCACUCAACUUACUUGACUCACUUCAUCCCACACGAGAGGACCAGGUUCCCAAUAUUCGUGUAGAAAUACAUAUUCCUAGAGACGGGUCUGGGGAGGUGGACUUCAAAGCACUGGUUUUACAGUUGAAGGAGACCUCCAGCUUACAGGAGCAAGCUGACAUCCUCUACAUGCUGUGUAGUCUGAAAGGACCUGACUGGGAUACCGGGUUAUAUGAUGAGGAGAGUGUGACCGUCCGAGAGCUGCUUGCUGAACUAUAUAGCAGAGUUGGAGAAAUUCGUCACUGGGGCCUGAUUCGAUACAUCUCUGGAAUCUUAAGGAAGAAGGUGGAAGCACUUGAUGAGGCCUGCACAGACCUUCUUUCCCACCAGAAACAUUUGACAGUGGGACUGCCUCCAGAACCUCGAGAGAAGACCAUCUCUGCUCCUCUGCCCUAUGAAGUACUCACUCAGCUGAUAGAUGAAGCCAGUGAGGGGGACAUGAGCAUUUCUAUCCUUACACAGGAAAUAAUGGUGUAUCUAGCUAUGUAUAUGCGAACCCAGCCUGGCCUCUUUGCUGAAAUGUUUCGACUUCGAAUUGGUCUGAUCAUACAAGUUAUGGCAACAGAACUGGCCCAUUCCCUUCGAUGCUCAGCUGAGGAAGCCACGGAUGGCCUGAUGAAUCUCAGUCCUUCAGCCAUGAAGAAUCUCCUGCAUCACAUUCUCAGCGGCAAGGAGUUUGGAGUGGAACGAAGUGUUCGGCCCAUUGAUUCAAAUGUCAGCUCUGCGAUUUCUAUCCACGAAAUCGGUGCUGUAGGAGCAACCAAAACAGAACGAACUGGGAUCAUGCAGUUAAAAAGUGAGAUAAAGCAGUCACCUGGAGCUUCCAUGACUCCACGUAGUGGGUCAUUUCCUAGUGCCUACAGUCAACAUACAUCUAAAGAUAAUCGUCAAGGUCAAUGGCACCGCCGAAGAAGGCUGGAUGGCGCACUGAAUAGAGUUCCUAUUGGAUUUUAUCAAAAAGUAUGGAAAGUUUUGCAGAAGUGUCAUGGACUUUCUGUGGAAGGUUUUGUUCUUCCUUCUUCAACCACUAGAGAGAUGACUCCAGGCGAGAUUAAAUUCUCUGUUCAUGUGGAGUCUGUCCUGAAUCGUGUGCCUCAGCCAGAGUACCGUCAGCUUCUGGUUGAAGCCAUCCUUGUCCUCACUGUGAUGGCAGAUAUUGAAAUUCAUAGUAUCGGAAGUAUCAUUGCUGUGGAAAAAAUAGUGCAUAUUGCCAAUGACUUGUUCCUUCAAGAACAGAAAACCCUCAGUGCGGAUGAUAUCAUGUUGGCAAAGGAUCCUGCGACUGGCAUCUGUAUUCUUCUGUACGACAGUGCACCCAGUGGCAGAUUUGGCACCAUGACCUACCUCUCCAAGGCAGCUGCCACCUACGUGCAGGAGUUCCUGCCCCACAGCAUCUGUGCCAUGCAAUGAAACCUUUGGGCCCUGGCUGCUGGGAACCUUUUGAUAGCUGGUUCUUGCCUCGGUUGAUUGUGCAUGGAGGUGAAAUGUGGUGGCCUGAUCACGCCCACCCUGCCCCUUUCUAUUCCAUCCCUUAGAGCAAACUUUUCUGAUAAACUAACUGCUUUAGAAGAAAUAAACCCUUAUUGGAGUAAUAUGCUCACCCAGCA